AUGAGCAGUAACUGCCAUCAGCUUGUUGGAGACGAUUUUAACGGUUGGCACCCUAUCUGGGGUAGCGACCGGGCAAACUCGCGGGGAAAUGAAGUUCUUGACAUCGUUUAUGGCAAUGACAUGUUUUUGUGUUAUAGAGGUCAUACUCCUACUUUCGAGACAGUAUCUUAUGGGCGAGUGCGCAGCUGUUAUAUUGAUCUUACACUUGCUUCUAGCUCUAUAUAUGACCGGAUUACAGAUUGGAAAGUGGAUCCUUCAAUCUGUUUGUCUUCUGAACACAGGGCGGUGAUGUUCUCUGUCACUACUCAUGGUGAUAGGAGAAAAACCAACAAAACAACCAGUACGUUCAGAUACAAUACGAAUAAUAUAAAAUGGGAAGAACUAAGGCCUUCCUUUGAAGCCAAAAUUAAGGAACAUGUACCACAAAAUGUUAUGGUUGAACAGAUGCAGCCAAAUGAACUUGAAAAUUACAUAAUCUCAGUUACAUCGGCAAUUCAAAAAACAUGUGAUGAGCUACUCCCAAGGUCAACUGGUCGAAAAUACCGUUGCCCUUGGUGGACAGAUGAACUUGAAUGUCUCAAAAAACAAGUUAUACGUAACCAUCAUAACAUACAAAAACUGCGCCGACAAAAUAAACCACUUGAAGAUGCCCUAUUGGAAAAAGAACGCUUAAAAACUGCUUACUCAAAAACCUUCCGUGAAACUUCCACGCAAAACUUAAGAGACUUUUGUGAAAGGCAAGGGAAGGAGGAUGUAUGGUUCGUUACAAACAGAAUUAUUAAGUCAAGCCCACCUGCGCUACCACCAGCAACACUAAAGACAAGCGAUGGUUCAUACACCACCACCAGUCUGGAAACUGCUCAAGCUCUUCUUGAUAAAUUUUACCCGAUGAUGACCUAA